GCCAGGCCAAAAUAUUGUAGUUUUAGCCAUCCAAGACGGCACACCUGUUUCGCUGUGCUGCAAUGGAACAGUUGACUAAAUGGCGGGGACCAAUUUUGCUAACCAGCAUCUUGUUUCUCGUUUACAUCGUUUGCGAACAAACAUUAACUGCACAUUGGAGCCAGUUUUGUUUCGCAUCUAGUGUGGCUUUCGAUUCGUUAUGGAAAAGGAUCCUCAAACUAUUUGGAGAUAACGACUACUAUUUAUACGUUUGGGGUUGCAUACUCGUCAUUCAAAUUCCGUUUUGGACUAUCGGAGGCAUCUUCAUCUUCAUUGACUACUUCAACUGGCCGAAAUGGCUUCGCAAAUACAAGGUCCAGCCAGGCACCAACGAACCUCUAGAUCUGUACAGACUAGUAGAAACUAUUAAGGUGGUGAUGAUCAACCAGUGGUUCAUUUCGAAUCCACUUUUCUUCAUUAGUUAUUAUGUCAAGAAAUUAACCAACACAAUGCCAGACAUGUACGAUUUGCCGUCUGCCCAGCGCAUCUUGAUUGAAUUUCUCAUUAUAAUGGUUAUCGACGAAAUCGCGCUCUAUUACUUGCACAGAGUUAUGCAUCAUCCGAAAUUGUACGCGAGAGUUCACAAGAAACAUCACGAAUGGCCAGCACCUAUCGCCAUAGUCUUUGCCUACAGCACCAAGACGGAAUAUUUUCUCAAUACGAUUCCAGUCGCAUUGGGACCUAUGUUGAUUAAUCCUCACCUAGUUACCUUAUGGAUAUGGUACGUGUUCGUCCACGUGAGGGGACUGUACAAUCACACUGGCUACCAAUUGCCGUGGUUUCCAUCUGCACAUCAUCACGAUUAUCAUCACAUGGCGAGCAAUGCGUGUUACGGUCGAACGCUAGCUAUUGAUUGGCUUAUCGGGACGGACAAGGGUUUCCGCGCUUACGUGGCCCGCAAGAAAGCCAUUUUGGAAAAGGGUAGAGAGAAAACUGUUAGCAAAACGGAUUGAAAGUUUCGAAUGAAACACAAAGUCGUGAGUGAAACAACAGAGCUAAAUUGCCAGUAUUUAUUCAAACAUGUUGUCAAAUUGAACAAAGCCAAAAUCUGAAUCAUGAAAAAUUACAAGACGAAGACCAUUCA